GGAUCCUCCCGCCCGGCGCCGCCGCCGCUUCCUGCGGGCCCGCUGCGGCUGCGGCCCCGGGACCCCUCGGACCCCCGAGACCCCCGGGCCCGGCCCCGCCAUGUGGCUCUUCUCCCGGGACCCGGUGCGGGAUUUCCCGUUCGAGCUGGGCCCGCCCGAUGCGGAUCCCGACGCAGAGCCGCUCCCGGAUCCCGCGGCACCGGCUCCGCUCUGGCGGCUGCUGCGGGGGCGCCGCAAGGCCGAUGGCGCUCCGGUGUCCGUGUUCGCUCACACCCUGAGCCCGGGGGGCGACCCCGCUGCCACCGCCCUGGCCCGGGCGGGGCUGAAGCGGCUCCGCAGCCUCCGACACCCCAACAUCCUGGGCUACCUGGACAGCCUGGAGACCGAGCAGUGCCUGUACCUGGUGACAGAGGCCGUGACCCCCCUGCGGCGGCACCUGCGGCUGCACCCGCCGAGCGGGGACGCGGGCGAGCAGGAGGUGGCCUGGGGGCUGCAGCGGCUGCUGACGGCGCUGGCGUUCCUGGGGGUCUCGGGGCUGGUUCACCACGCGCUGGGACUCGACGCCGUUUUCGUGGAUCCUGGGGGAGAGUGGAAACUGGGGGGGCUCGAGCGGGUGGCUCCCACCAGUGAGGGGACCCCCAGCCGCCCCCACAGUGACCCCCCCCGGCCCCAGGACCCCCCCGAGCUCAGCGACCCCUCCCGAGGGAAGGGGGACCCCUGGGCAGGGGACAUGUGGCGCCUGGGCUGCCUCAUCUGGGAGGUCUUCAACGGACCCCUCCCCCGGCCGGGGGCUCUGCGCAGCUUCGGCAAGAUGCCCCCCGGGCUGAUCCCUUCCUUCUCGGAGCUGGUGGCGGCGGAUCCGGGCGCUCGGCCGGGCCCGGGGCCGCUGCUGGAGCGGCUGCAGCGCCCGGGAGCCUUCCUGGCCUGUGCCCUGGUGCGCACCGGGCUCUUCCUCGAGCACUUCCAGGUUCGGGAUCCGUCGGAGCGCCGGGCGUUCCUGCAGGAGCUGCCGGCGCUGCUGGAGGCGCUGCCGGGGCCGUUCCGCCGCCACAAGCUGCUGCCGCGGCUGCUGCAGGCGCUGGAGCUGGGCAGCGCCGACGCGGGGGCGCUGCCCCCCCUGCUGCAGGUUGCCAAGGUCCUGGACCCCCCUGAGUACCAGGAGAGAAUCGUCCCCGUCCUCGUCCGGCUCUUCUCCUCCCCGGAGCGGGGCCUGCGCCUGCGGCUGCUGCAGCUGCUGGAGGAGUUCAUCGAGUUCCUGCCCGAGGCCACGGUGGAUUCCCAGAUCUUCCCCCACGUCGCUCACGGGUUCCUCGACUCCAACCCGGCCAUCCGUGAGCAGACGGUCAAGUCCAUGGUGCUGCUGGCGCCCAAGCUGGGGGAGGGGCGCAGGGGGGCGGAGCUGCCGCGGCUGCUGCUGCGGGUGCAGGGGGGGGACGCGCUGGGACCCCUGCGCUGCAACGCCACGCUGUGCCUGGGGCGGCUGGCGCCACACCUGCCCCCCCAGACCCGCCGGCGGGUUCUGGCCCCCGCCCUGGCCCGCGCCACCCGGGACCCGUUUCCCCCGGCCCGGGCCGCGGCCGUCGCCGCCUUCGCGGCCACCCACGGCUGCUACUCGCCCUCCGAGGUGGCGGGGAGGGUCCUGCCCCCCCUCUGCGCCCUCACCGUGGACCCCCACCCCGAUGUGCGGCAGCAGGCGUUCCGGGCCAUUCGCAGCUUCCUGGAGCAGCUGGAGGCGGCGGCCGAGGCCGGGGGGGCGCAGGAGGGGGCGCUGCUGCCGCCCCGGGGGGGGGGCGCGGGGGGUCUGGGGGCCGCCGUGUCCUGGGCUGUCACCGGUGUCACCUCGCUGACCGCGCGGCUGAUGGGGGGCGAGGGGGGGGGGACAGCCCCCCCACAGCCCCCCUCCGCCCCGCAGGGACCCCCUGCAGCCCCCACGAAAGGUGACGCCCGUUCUGCCCCCCCAGAGCCCCCCCCCGUGGAGCCCCCCCCCGAGGAGCCGCCCCCCGAGGAUGGCGAUGGGUGGGACGAUGACUGGGGGAGUCUGGAGGACAUGGAGCUGCCCCGGAGCCCCCCCCCCGCCAGCAGCCCGGAGGAAUUGGGGACCCCCACCCCAAAACCUGCCGACCCCACCCCCACAGAGCCCCCCCCCAGCGCCCCUCCCCCAGCCGGGGGGGGGGAUGAGGGGGGGUGGGGGGUGGGGGGCGAGUGGGGCACGGAGGAUGCCUGGGAGGCCCUGCCCAGCCAGCAGCACGGGCCGCCCCCGGGCCGGCGGCAGCGGGAGCAGCAGCGGCGCCGGGAGCUCGAGGCCAAGCGCCGGGCGGGUCCCCGGGGCCCCCCCAAACUGGGGGCGCGGAAACUCGACUGAGGAUCUGGGGGGGUGUCCUGGAAGAAGGGAGGGGGAAA